UAAGUCAAAACAACACUGACUCAGUCAUGAGUCAAAAAUUGAAGCCUAUCUUCAAGUACCUAUGCUCGAAAAAAACUAAAAAUACCUUUAGAAAAUACUACAGAAUAUAAAUUUAUCAUAAAUUAAUGAAGUUUUAAAUAAAUUUGACCAUUAUUUAUUGUUCGCGUUAAUGUCUUAUUGAUGAUAACGUGUAUUCUGUAAACAUUUGAAAUUAUUAAAAUCAGCAAAGAUAUAUUUUAUGAAAAGUAUCUCCUCAAGCUUUACCUUAGCUCAUAUUCAAAUGAAUAUCUUGCAAAAGUCUUUAACUUCGCUUCGUUUCGUUUUAAGCUUUAGGAAACGAUAUUCCGCUCGAUUCGUCAAUACACAACUCAAUAAUGUAAAGGUUAUCAAAUAAUGUGCCCACUACUAUGUAUUUACAAUAAUUUAGUGAAAGAAGAUUUUGAACAAAAUGAAAAGACUGAAAUGGCAACUGAGAAUAAGGAUACCGAAAGGAAUUGGCCUAAGAGAAUAGUGACCGGGUUGCAGCCGACAGGCACUCUGCAUGUUGGCAACUAUUUCUCAGCAGUGCAGCGGUGUGUUAAGUUACAAAAUGAAGGCAAUGAUGUUAUGAUAUUUAUAGCUGAUUUACAUGCAUUGACAACUAAACAAGAUCCAUCAGCGCUCCAAGAGCGCACACUGGAGCUGACGGCGUGCCUGCUGGCGAGCGGCGUGGACCCGGCGCGCACGGUGCUGUUCGCACAGUCGGCCGUGCCGCGCCACGCCGAGCUGUGCUGGCUGCUGGCCUGCCUCGCCACGCACGCGCGCCUCGCGCACCUGCCGCAGUACAAGGAGAAGGCCGCCGCCGUCAAGGAGGUGCCUCUGGGCCUGUUGCUGUAUCCCGUCCUGCAGGCGGCCGACGUGCUGGUGUACCGCGGCACGCACGUGCCCGUGGGCGCGGACCAGCUGCAGCACCUGCAGGUGGCGUCGCAGCUGGUGCGCACGUUCCGCCACCGCUUCGGGCCCGCCUUCCCCACGCCGCGCGCGCUGCUGCCCGAGGACGGCAGCGACCGCAUCCGCAGCCUGCGCGACCCAAGCAGGAAGAUGUCGAAGUCGGACUCGGACCCCAAGUCGCGCGUGCUGCUCAGCGACUCGGACGACACCAUCGCCCUCAAGAUAAGGAAAGCGGUCACCGACUUCACGCCGCAGGUCACGUUCGACCCCGAGAAUCGACCGGGCGUGUCUAAUCUCAUCACGCUACACUGUCUCGCGGCAGACAAGUUACCGGAGGAGGUGGUGGAGGAGAGCGAGGGGCUGACGACGGCGCAGUACAAGCGCGUGGUGGCGGCGGCGCUGUGCGGCGCGCUGGGCCCCGUGCGCGCGCGCGCCGCCGAGCUGCGCGCGCGCCCCGCCCUGCUGUGCGACGCGCUGCAGCACGGCGCCGCCCGCGCGCGCGCCCGCGCCGACGAGGUGUACGCCGACGUGGCGGCGCGCGUGGGGCUCGGCCCGCCCGCCGCGGCCCGCCGGCCCGCCGCGCGCGCGCCGCGCUAGAGCCGGUGGUGGUGGUGCUGCAUGGCGAGCGCGUGCUCGUGCGGCGGCGGCGGGGGCGCGGGCGCGGGCGGCGGCGCGCGCUCGCGCAGCAGCGCCACUAGGUCGCGCAGCAGCUCCACGGCCUGCGCGACGGCCUCGGCCUGCUUCUCGGCGGCGAGCGCGGUGCGCAUGGCGGCCUCGGCGAGCAGCUCCUCGGUGGCGAGGCGCGGCUCGGGCGCGGCGCCCGACCCCUCCGAGUACAUGUCGUCGUCCAACGACGGCUUGCGCUCCUCGUCCGACUGUCCGCCUCCGACACCGGCGCCUACGCUGCUUGCUGCAAUGGAUUACAUUAACUGUCUAAAGAAAUUCUGAAUAUUACAAUUAGAAUGUAUAAAACUUUGUGAAUAAAUAGUGUGUAAUAAUUAAAAUGUUAAAUAAAUGCUUUUAUUUUA